AUGGCUUUGAGUUCGAAACCGUUGAUGCUGCUGGGAGAAUCCCCAAGCUUUGAUGACAACCAGCUGAGCGACUUUUGGAGCGUUCGGGAGAGGACUCUCUGCGACUUUUAUGAAGAUAUUGAAAACGGAUCGGGCAAUGCGAGCACAUACACCAAGACGAUUUGCACCCAGGAUCGUCAAAGAGACGUCCAGAACGGGAGGUAUCCAAGUCACUACGGCAGCAGAGUUCAUGCAUCUCAGAUCAAGCAUUUCAAAGAGUCUCCCGAACUUAGCCUUGCGGAGCAAAGUGAAUACUUGACGGAAGAUGGCUUCGUCUACAGAGUUUCAACUCCUUAUCUCAUAACAAUGAUCCGCAUGAUUGGCCCUCGCGCUCGUUACUUCUCGAGCAUGUCGGUUGACGAAAACACCCGCAACGUGGUCUUGGAGCCUCCCCGUGACGCAGUUGCUGCCGCGCUGGAUCAGGCAGAGCAGUACGGCCUCGCCACAACUUGGCCGCCCUCCGCCGCUGACGGCGCCUUGCAGCACUUUCUCAACGACCACAUCUCUAGUCUCGCCCAGAAUCUACCUGAUACAGGUGCCGACAUAGAAUCCACGCGCCGAUGGCUCAAUGCCGCCCUCGAUUUUCGCCAAACUGCGCUCAAGCACCCCGUUGCCUGGACUGGCGCUGAACUGCAUUCACUUUCGGGACUCGAGCUUUGCGAGUAUCUGGUCGAAUGUGGUCUCGGCAAAUGCCAGGCUAGAGAAGUUGCCAGAGAUGUUGUGUCCGCCCGCGAGACAAGAGCAACGUGGAUCACCAAGAUUACCGAAAUGAAACAGACGAUGAUCGAGCAGGCCCACGACACCUGUACCGAAGACUUCAAGGUCUGCGACACGAUUCGCAUGUCAUCCAUCCUUGCCUGCUUGUUCAUGAUAGUGGUUGCAACCUCGGUUGGACUCAUUCAUUGA